AUGUUCGACUACAUUAUUCAGUUAAUGUGUCAAUAUGUAUUCCUGCGGGAACUCUUAAAGUUGAACUGCGACCUCGAACAGCUGAAGGCAUUGGAUCCGAACUACGGCGUCACCUGGAUGUUUAUGCCCGACGAUAACGGAACGCCGCACAUUGUGGACCUCUCGCAGCCGAACGACACUAACCGCGGCGCACGGAAAGGGAAUGUGUUUGAGGAUGUUACCUUCUACUACUAUCGUCAGUAAGAGCGACGACAUCAUCAAAGGUUCAAGUUUAUGAACGAUCCCGCUGUACCACUGGCGCUGAACGAGUCGUACAAUCCUAGUCUUCCCACCAAAUUCGUCAUUCACGGAUGGAUGAACUCCGUCAGUAGUCCGGUUGGUCAGCAAAUCAAGAACAGUUACCUUCAGAGGGAGGACAUGAACGUGUUCAUCGUAGACUGGGCACCCCUGGCUUCGGACACACUGUAUUUUACUUCGGCCGCAGCAACGCAUGAUGUCGGAGGGCACGUGGGAGGACUUAUCGAUCGGAUGGUGGCAGAGCGUGGAACGAACCUGAAAGAUGUGCAUAUCAUUGGCCACAGUCUCGGUGCACACACGGCCGGAUUUGCUGGAAUUGCGGUAAAGAGAGGAAAGGUCGGGCGCGUUACCGGGCUUGAUCCGGCUCUCCCUGGAUUCACCGAUCCACAACCAUACAAACGACUCGAGUCGAACGAUGCCCAGUUCGUCGAUGUUAUACACACCUGUGCCGGGAUGUUGGGCCAUGACAAGGAGUUGGGCCACGUAGACUUUUGGCCGAAUGGAGGUACCGCGACUCAGCCUGGAUGCGGCUCACUGUUGGACGAUCUUGUUGGAGCCUGUAGCCAUGGACGAUCGUACGAGUACUUUGCCGAGUCCAUCACUAGGCCAAUGUCCUUCCAAGCUUAUCCGUGUACGAAUAUUGCCGAGUUCCGCAGUGCCAGAUGCCGAACUAAUCCGGUGCCAAUGGGCGACGCCACCCCCCUGUCUACCCGGGGAAAAUUCUUCCUCGAAACAAAUCCAAAACCAGCAUACGGUAAAGGAUUGUAG